AACCAUUUUUUUAAGCUUUCCUUCCCUUAAUUACCCUCCACUUAUCUCACUCACCUUUUUCCUUUUUUUUUUGUUUUACCACAAAUUACUUUGUUGAUUAAUUGUCGGAAAAACCACCGCCGUUAGAUCAACUGACCAACAUUCCGGCGAACUCCCUUUUCUGAUGACGAUCUCCAGUUUCCCGAUCAACCAACGGUGACAAAACCGAUGAAGUCUCCGUUCUCCUUUCUUUAGAUCAAUCAACGGUGACCAACAUUCCAUGCAUGCCGAUCCAUUGAAAGCGCUAAAUCACACCGUCGAAUUCCUAAUCCUCAUUAGGAUUUUGUUAACGUUUAUCGUGGGAUUCAGUAUGUUUAAGAAAAUAAUUAAAGGAGGGCAUAAGAAGCAUUCGAAAUCAGAUUCCAUUGAUGGAUCUUUACACGGGUACGGUUUACCCGGCUCCGGUCAUCCCGUUUCGGGUACGAAUUCCUCUGUAGUUGUCAACUAUGCUUCCCGGCCUGGACAUAACGCAAAAUCCUCAAAUCCCUGCCCCCGUACGACACUGCCACCGAUGUUCGCCGUUGAACCCUUGCCGUUAUUCAAAGACGUAGCCGUUUCCGAUAGGCAAAACCUGUUCCUGCGGAAAUUGCAAAUUUGUUGCUUCCGAUUGGAUUUCUCUAAUACCUUGAAAUUGGUCCGUGAGAAAGAAAUCAAACGGCAAACGUUGCUUGAACUCGUCGAUUUCAUUCAAUCCGGGUCGAGUAAAAUCACGGAGCGGUGUCAGGAAGAGAUGAUUAAAAUGGUUGUAGUCAACAUUUUCCGAUGUCUCCCACCGGCGUCUCACGAAAACACGGGGCAAGAAGCCAAGGAUCCUGAAGACGAGGAACCUUAUUUGGAACCCUCGUGGCCGCAUUUACAGCUUGUUUACGAGCUUCUUUUGAGAUACAUUGUUUCUUCAGAUACAGACACCAAAGUUGCCAAAAAAUACAUUGAUCAUACCUUUGUUUCCAAGUUAAUUGAUUUGUUUGGUUCAGAGGAUCCCAGGGAAAGAGAGUAUUUAAAAAUGGUUCUUCAUAGGAUUUACGGUAAAUUCAUGGUGCAUAGACCCUUAAUUAGGAAAGCCAUAAAUAACAUUUUCUAUAGGUUUAUAUAUGAAACCCAGAGACAUAGUGGUAUUGGUGAGCUUUUGGAGAUUUUAGGAAGUAUUAUUCAUGGUUUCACUUUGCCCAUGAAAGAAGAACAUAAGUUGUUCCUUGUUAGAGUAUUGAUUCCUUUGCAUAAGCCAAAAGCUGUUUCGACAUAUCACCAGCAAUUGUCUUAUUGUGUAGUACAGUUUGUUGAGAAAGAUUAUAAGCUUGCUGAUAAAGUUAUUAGAGGGUUAUUGAAGUAUUGGCCAAUGAUUAAUUGUCAAAAGGAAGUUCUUUUCCUUGGAGAACUUGAGGAAGUACUCGAAGCAACGCAGACUGCCGAGUUCCAACGAUGUAUUGUUCCACUUUUCAGACAGAUUGCACGAUGCCUCAAUAGUGCUCAUUUUCAGGUUUCAGAAAGAGCUCUCUUCUUGUGGAAUAAUGAGCACAUUGUGGGCUUAAUUGCCCAUAAUCGGCGGGUGAUAUUACCGAUAAUCUUUGAGGCAUUGGAACGGAAUAUCCAACAUCAUUGGAAUGAGGACAUUCAUGGGUUAACAGCAAAUGUGUUGAAGAUGUUCUUGGAAAUGGAUGCCGAGUUGUUCGAUGAGUGCGAGGCACGGUUUGCAGAGAAAAAAGCCAAAGCCAGAGAUUUGGAAGAGCAACGAGAAAUGAUAUGGAAAAAACUAGCGGAUGCAGCAGCGGAAAGAGGUGGAGACCAUAUGGUUACAGUCUAACCGAUUAGUUGGAGUUAGAUUCAAGCAGACUCCUCCAUUUUAAUGGUAUUCCUUCUCUCAACCCUCUCUUUAUUCUUUUCUUCUCCCCAAAUUUGUAUUCAAUUUGAUCAUUGAAAAAUACCCGGAUUAAGGUGGCAUUCGAGGCCUUACCAUGUCCUAGUUUCAUUGGAAUCUGAUUACUGGGAAUCUGAUUGCUGUAUAUUAAAAUGUUAGAAUCAUAAACUUUACAGCAACUAAAGUAGGCAUUUGGUACCUUAUAAUUUCCUCAUUUUAAUGGAAUGUGAUUACUGAUAAGUAGAUUGCUGGAUAUUAAAAA